AUGAAAGAAGUGAUGGGCAAGGACCAAGAUGGUUCCAAUAAAUCGACUCGUACCACUCGAGCAUGUCUUCAUUGUCGUCGUCAAAAGAUGCGGUGCGAAGGUUCUGAUAACCCACCCUGCAAACGUUGUAAGAAUAAUAUGUUGGAUUGUGUUUUCGAACGAAGGACGGAUUAUCUUUUAAAUCCGGAGGAUAAAGCAUGGCAAAUGAAGAUGGAAGAAAAGGUCAACAGCCUGACCAAAUCUGUUGACCAACUAUUCUUACUCAUCAACACACUUCGACCCACUCCAUCUCCUUCGAGCAUCAAUGUCCCAUCCGAUCUUCAGGAUCAACCGCCACCUGUCUCUUUACAAACGAACGUUUAUUCAUACCAUCAAAAUCAUAGUGAGCUUAAUCAUCAACCAAGCCAGUUGACCGAUCAUGAUUUCUUUCACCAAUUACAUCUUGGAUUAUCGUUCUUACCAAUUGGACACGGGACUCAUUCUGGGCUAUCCUCUCAUCCCACGACGUCACAAAAGCCUCAGCAUUCGGAAGAAAGUUUUCAUCAGCUGCAUGGAGAUUCAUUUCGUCCAAACUUAGACCCUGGGAUAGGUCCAGAGACUCGUUCAGAUCACUCAAAUAAUAAUCUCCCUUUCAGCUUCGUUCAGGACAGAUAUAGAACGCAGAUUCCGAUUUUCAGUUUGAUGCCCAAUCCCAACUCAUCUCCUACUGAGCUCACAGCAUGGGCCAAUACCAUUCACCCGUUUGUUAGCUCGGUGAUUUUGACGCAUGGCUCUUCGCAUCACCCUUCACCUCGUUCAGCUGCCUUAUUUAGGCCAUUACUGAAAGAAUCUGAGCAUCUUUUUCAAGACUUGGUAGGUUUGAUUGGUGAUUCUGUAAAUCCUGAUCCUUCUAAUGUAAUCUUUUGGACUGAUGCAGGCACACCGAUGGGAUAUAAAAUUGUCCUAUCAAUGUGUGUUGCCACUAUUUAUUUAUCCACACCUGGGACACCUUAUCGAUUCCUCGCUCCGUCCCACAUUCUCUACCUUCUUCGUUGUCCGGCUCUCUUCAACGCUUACAAUGACGUGUUCGAGCCUGACCAACGAAUACAAUCCAAUUCACCCGGGGCAACAGAUCCGCAUCAACCUACUGCAUUGGCUCGAUAUACCUUGUUCAUCUGGCUCUAUAUGAUCUUUUGUCAUUUUAGUCAACAUGAUCUAAUCCUACCUGACGAUAUCAGUUGCUCAAGAUCGAUCACAGACAUGCGAAAAUUACUCGACUUGAAAGAUAUGGGCUCUGAUUUUAAUAAGUUACAUAUACUUUGUGCACAUGCUGAACUGGUUGGAUUACACCAUUGGUCAAGAAAGAAAUGGAAAUUUGAAACGGAAUGGAAUUUAAAUGAUUCUACAGGUGAUAAUCUAAUGGAUUUUCAUUCUUUGAAUUCUAGCUUGGCCCUCUGGUCAAGUAGAUUUGAAGAAACUCGUGCGAGAUUGAAAGAUUGGAAUGAAACAUGGUACCCGACCCUAGCUUUUCAUCACGCACUCUCGUUUCCUGAUUCCAAUGAUCUACUGGCUGCUCGUGUACCUCCCAUCAGGAGCGGAACGGAACCUCGUGGACAUGGUUAUCUUUCAAGGAUGAUCUGGAUGCAUUACGAGGCUAAACAAACGGCGAAUUAUGCCUCAGCCCUCUUUCGACUACCACCAGACCCAAACAGUUGGCCUGUCAACGAAAAUCUAUAUAGGAUCGCUUUCGAAGGUGUAAGGAAAUCUUGUUUCUUACUCCAAUGCUUCAUCGGGGAAGAGCCAAUUCGCGAUCAGAGCCAAUUUCCAAUUUCCGCACCUAAACUUGCACCAUGGCAAAGCUCAACAGAAGCAGAAAGUUCAACGACGAAUAAAUCUAUACCAACCGGGUCACGAGGGCAAAAAAGAAUGAGAGAAGAUUGUGCUGACAAAUUGAAAAGAGGAACUACGAUCGAUCUAAGAGAUUAUUUAGCAACUUGUCCAGUUUCAAUUCAGAGAUAUCCAAUCCCAUUCGCGGGAGUGAUCUUGAAAGCUAUACAUCUAAAACAUGCUCUAGGAAUUGCAAGAGCUGAAAUGAAGUUAGAAGGAAUUGGUCAAAGGAAAAUAUUUGAUGAACUUGAUGUUGAAGCUGCAUUUGAUUUAUUAGAAAGAGUUAUACAUGUUUGUGCAGUGGCUGGAUUAGAUUCGAAUCAUCCUGUUUCUCCUACUGCUUCUGAACUUGCUAAAAUGGUUAGUAUCGCGCGUAGGUUUACUACUGGGAUGACUACUGGUAAUUUGAACCUCUCGGGUAGUAAUCUUGAUCUACGAUGA